AUGGGUCCUCGAGUCAAAAGGCGCCGCCUAACGGACCCAGAAGAUCUCAGUGACGAUAUUUGCCAGCCUGCCUCUCGUCUGGAAAAAGACAGCUGGAAUGGAUUCUGCGAAAUUGAAUCAGAACCGGCAUUGUUUAAUGUCAUGCUACGUGAGUUUGGUGUCAAGGGCGUAAAGAUCCAAGAAGUCGUUUCUCUCGAUGAAGAAAUGAUGGCGUUUCUCAAUACUCCUGUUUACGGCUUGAUUUUUCUCUUCCGCUGGCGUGAGGAUAACGAUGGAAAGCAAGAAGCGACUUGCCCUGAUGGACUGUGGUUCGCAAAUCAAACUGCCAACAAUGCUUGCGCCAGUGUAGCACUACUAAAUAUUGUCAACAAUAUCCCAGAUAUUGAUCUAGGAGAGAAUCUGCGAUCCUUCAAGGAGUUCACCAUGCCUUUCACCCCAGCUUUGCGUGGGGAUGCAAUCAACAACUUUGAGUUUGUCAAAAGGAUACACAACUCAUACGCACGAAAAAUGGACAUUCUCAAUUCAGAUCUACAGCUCAAGACCGAAGCUACUACUAGAAAAAAAGGGUCCAAGGGCCAGGCCGUUGAAGAAUCUGAUGCCACCUUCCAUUUCAUUGCAUUUAUGCCUGUGAUGGGCCAGCUGUGGAAAUUUGAUGGCCUGGAGAGACAGCCACGAGCACUUGGGGAAUGUUCUGAAGAUGACUGGCUGGAACUGGUUAAGCCCAAUCUCCUGGACCGAAUGGCUGCAUAUGAACAAGAAGAAAUUGAAUUCUCAAUUUUAGGACUCGUGCGCGAUCCUCUACCUGAUCUCAUCAAUGACUUGGCUUGCAACGUGAGGACCUUAGAAAUUCUCAACCAGCGUGCCGCAUCCCUAUGUUCAUCAGAUACACUCAUUUUGGACGAAACUGUCCUUGGCCCUGAACUUUCAGUAUCUUUAACACGGGAAGAUAUCGAUGCGGCGAUGAUCCCCCCGGAAACCCUCAAUGAUUAUCAGACGUGCUCGGAUGAGAAACUGCAAGAGUAUCAGCAGACUAUAGCCAAGAGUCAGCAAGAACUCCGUGCACGAAUCCGUGAAGAGCAGCAAUCCCACCGGUCGGAUGACGAGUACGCGGCUGGACGGCGAUUUGACUAUGGGCCUGCCGUGCGAACGUGGCUUCGACGCUUGGCACAGAAACAAGAGUUGCAGCAGCUGUCCGCCCUCGUGGCCUACUGA